CCACAAAAAGGGGCGGCCUCUUGCCCCCGGGAGGAGGAAAUCGAAUCGCAGCUCCUCCGUCCAGAUCGCCGCCGCCGCCGCCGCCGCCGCCGUCCGGCCGCCAGCUCCGACCUCGUUCUUCCUCUCUCUCUCUCGCGCGCGCGCUCUCCUCUCCUCCGUUCUCCGGCUCGGGAAGACGAAGGGAAAGCGGGAGACGGCGGGUUUCUCGGCCGCGCACCGACUCCGCUCCCUCCCCGGCCCACCGCGCGCCGGCUCGCCGUCCUGUCCCCCGGCGGCCUCCGUUGGAGAGGUGUCGCCUUCUGCAACCGAGUCAACGGUGUCGCCAGAGCUUCGGCUCCGCCGGAGCUCGUUCUCGCCGGAUCUGAUUGCGCUUCUGGAGAGUCCGCUUCAUUCCCUUUCCGUUCUGAGACGGAGACGACGAAGACCGGUGACCGGGGCGGUUAUAACCUUGAGAUCCGUCUGCCGUGCGGAGUCCGCCUCGCGCUUCCUCGGCGACCUGCAUUUCGUUGGAUAAAGUCUGCGGAUCGCCGCCGCUUCGAGUUCGCCGGAGCUUAUUUCCUUCGGAUCUGAUACGCUUUCUCUGAAGGGAAGCCAACGGUCGAGCUGAAUACUUCGUUUAUCGCGUGAUUAGUGACAUGACUGUAACGAUUGAGGCUUGCUGGUGUGGUCGGUUUAGUGAGAUUAAACCGUGGAGGUGAGGGCGAGGUGAGAAGAUGUCUCAAAGCACGAUCCGCAAAGCCCUCGGGGCGGUCAAGGACCAGACGAGCAUCGGCCUCGCGAAGGUCGCGAGCAACUUGGCGCCGGAGCUCGAAGUCGCGGUUGUGAAAGCCACGAGCCACGACGAUGAUCCUGCCGACGAGAAGUACCUUCGCCGGAUCUUGAACUUGACGUCGUACUCGCGUGGAUAUGUGACCGCGUGUGUUUCUGCGCUUACGAAGCGACUUAGCAAGACGCGCGAUUAUAUUGUGGCUCUCAAGUCCCUGACGCUCAUCCAUCGUUUGUUGAAUGAUGGAGACCCGAUUUUCCAUGACGAGAUAAUGUAUGCGACCAGGCGUGGUACUAGGUUGUUGAAUCUGUCUGAUUUUAGAGAUGAGGCUCACUCUAGUUCAUGGGACCACUCUGCUUUUGUGAGGACUUAUGGUAUGUAUCUGGAUCAGAGGCUUGAGCUGAUUCUGUUUGAUAGAAAGUGUGGCGGCGGCAGUGGUCCUAGUAGAAGUGUUCAUGGUGGUGGUAAUGUUCACAGUGAGGAUAGGUAUGGAGGCAGAGAUGAUUUCAGGUCGCCGCCACCUCGUGGGUCUGAUUAUGAUUACGGUGAUUAUAGAGGAGAUAAUGGGAAUUAUGGGGGAAGGACGAGAAGGUCAAGGUCAUAUGGGGAUAUGAGUGAUGCUGUGGUGGUGAGAGAUGGGAAAGAAGAGAGAAGGGUAGUGACGCCACUGAGGGAAAUGAAGCCAGAAAGGAUUUUCGGAAGAAUGGGUCACUUGCAGAGGCUAUUGGAUAGAUUCUUGGCAUGUAGGCCAACUGGUCUGGCGAAGAAUAGUAGGUUGAUCUUGGUCGCCUUGUACCCUGUUGUGAAGGAGAGUUUUCAGCUAUAUGCAGAUAUCUGUGAGGUUUUGGCUGUUUUGCUUGAUAAGUUUUUUGAUAUGGAGUACCAAGAUUGUGUCAAGGCUUUCGAUGCUUAUGCUAGUGCGGCCAAGCAAAUUGAUGAGUUGAUUGCGUUCUACAAUUGGUGUAAGGAGACAGGGAUGGCAAGAUCGUCUGAGUAUCCUGAAGUGCAAAGGAUUACCAGUAAGUUGUUGGAGACAUUGGAGGAGUUUGUGAGGGAUAGAGCAAAGAGACCCAAGAGCCCCGAGAGGAGAGAGGAAUUGCCUCCUGUGGCUCAGGAGGAGGAGCCUGUGCCUGACAUGAAUGAGAUAAAGGCGUUACCUCCACCAGAGAAUUAUACUCCUGCACCGCCACCAGAGCCAGAACCGGAGCCACCGAAGCCGCAAGUGACAGGGGAUUUGGUGGAUCUGAGGGACGAGGGAGUCACUGCUGAUGAUCAAGGUAAUAAAUUUGCAUUGGCUCUGUUUGCGGGGCCACCAGCUAAUGGCAAUGGUUCAUGGGAAGCAUUCCCAUCUAAUGGUGGGCCAGAAGUGACUUCUGCUUGGCAAAACCCAGCUGCUGAAACGGGCAAGGAAGAUUGGGAAUUGGCAUUGGUCGAGACAGCCAGUAACUUGUCAAAACAGAAAGCGGCUUUAGGUGGUGGACUUGAUCCUUUGCUACUGAAUGGCAUGUAUGACCAGGGAAUGGUAAGGCAACAUGUCAGCACUGCUCAGUUGAGUGGAGGUAGUGCGAGCAGUGUUGCUUUACCUGGUCUUGGCAAGAGCACAACCCCAGUACUGGCUCUCCCUGCACCUGAUGGAACUGUCCAAACAGUUAACCAGGACCCUUUUGCUGCAUCAUUGAGCGUCCCUCCUCCUUCGUAUGUACAGAUGGCAGAUAUGGAGCAGAAACAGCAUUUGCUUGUGCAAGAGCAGCAAGUGUGGCAGCAGUAUGCAGUGCAUGGAAUGCGAGGCCAAGCCACCUUGGCCAAGAUCAGUGGGGCAAGUUAUUUUGCGCAACCUACUAUGCCUAUGCCUUAUGGCUUGCCACCGGUCAAUGGAAUGGGGCCGCCGACCGGGUAUUAUCAUUCUCCUUAUUGAUGUGACUUGCUUAUACCUAUACAGCUCUGUUUUUGCUUUGUUUUGGAGUUAUGAAUUUAGUCGUAUGUUAUGUUAUGAUCCUUUUUAUACUUCUGGUGCAUGGGUUGUGGAAGAGGGAGGAGUGAACCAAGAGAGUAUUCAUUUUGAGGAAGAUUUUCGGAUGCCGACAUCCAGUGGGAUCCUGCACCUGUUUGUGCUUCUUGUAAUAUUAGAAUUUCCAUGAAUUCGGCCUCUUGUGCCGUCAUUGCUAGCAGAAGUGGAACUAAUUUGUCAUCGUGUAGUGACUUCAUGCAUUGUUGUUUCAUUUGUAAAAGUAGACUGACUAUCAAAACCAGUUUUAACGUUCCCUGUCCCAAGUAUGCAUGGAAAUGUUUCCAGAGGAUUCAGUUCUUCAAUCUAGAUUUUUGUUUUUGCC